UUCUCUCUUACCGCAGUUCCGAAUUACUCAAAACAGCUUUACAUAACUACUCUGAUACCACACCGGAAAGCAACAGCAGUUACAAUCAGAGGUGCAGUUUUGGAUCUCGGUGAAGAAUGGCCAAAACUAUCAAAUCCGCUGUGGCAGAGGCUCUGGAGGACUUGAAAAAGGAAGACUUUGAGAAGUUCUGCCACCAGCUUCUGGACCGCAGACAACAGCCGCGCGUAAAACGCAACAAGGUGGAGGACAAAAGCCGUCUGCAGGUCACAGACGCGCUGGUGUCUACUUUUACUGAGGAGGGGGCUCUGACCGUGGCUCUCGAGAUCCUGAAACAGAUCGGCUGCAGCGACGAGGCCAAAGAACUUGAGGAAGCUACAGGUGGAAAAUCCUCAAAACCUGCUCCUACUGACCCCUCGAGUGAGUCAGCUGGAGGAGCUGGUGGAAGUAAAGCAGCAGGCGGGAAGCACUUUGUGGACAAACACAAAGUCCAGCUGAUCAAGCGAGUGAGCAACAUCGCACCCAUUUUGGAUGAGCUCCAAGACAAUGAAGUUAUCAACCAAGAACAAUAUGCCAGAAUUAGAGCUCUGUCUACCGCUCAGGACAAGAUGAGGGAGCUCUACAGUGGUCCCCUGCAAGCCAGUGCAGCCUGCAAAGACAUCUUCUAUAAAAUCCUUUUGGCAAAUGAGAAAUUUCUCGUUAAUGAGCUCCGUGAACAGGAUGACCUGGCGUCCACACGUUUUGGAGGAAGUAGAAGGGAAAAGCCGGCUGCAGGUCACAGACUUUUACCGCGGAGGAGGCGCUUCGGUGGUUCUGGAGAUCCUGAAACAGAUCGACAGCAGCGCAGAGAGAACGCUACAGGUGGACAGUCCUCAAAAAGUGGUUCUAGUGACGCCUCGAGUGGCUCAGCUGGAGCAUCUGGUGGAUGUACAAUGGCAGACGGGAAGCACUUUGUGGACAAACACAAAGUCCAGCUGAUCAAGAGAGUGAGCAACAUCGCACCCAUUUUGGAUGAGCUCCAAGACAAUGAAGUCAUCAACCAAGAACAAUAUGACAAAAUUAGAGCUCUGUCUACCUCUCAGGACAGGAUGAGGGAGCUCUACAGUGGUCCCCUGAAGGCCAGUUCAGCCUGCAAAGACAUCUUCUAUCGAAUCCUUUUGGCAAAUGAGAAAUUUCUCGUUGAAGACCUUUCAAAGAAGUAAAUGUGUUGGAAACCCCCCCCCCCCCACAUUUUUAGACCAAAUGUACACGAUCUACCUGAACAUAACAUGUUUACAUUAAAAAGGUGGAGAUGUCUUUUCUUUGUGGGGGUUUAUAAAAAAGGCUCCAGUGCUUUAAUUUAGAAAAUUGUUCUGCUAUGUGGUGUCUUUGCUCCUCAGUGACUCUCCUUUAAUUCAUCCAUUUUACAUGAAACACUUUGGAUAUUUAAAAUUUUUUAUUUUAAAAACGUAAAUUGUAUCAUUUAAAAAUGAAUUGACGAUGUCAUCAGUCGUGUUUUUAUCCAUGACUCAAACUGUCAUAAAUUUGUUUUCAGAUUUCAUUAUCUUCUAUAAAGUAAAACAUAAUGCAAACAUUUAUUGUCAUUAAAAAUAAACCAGAAUUAAACUCGAAGAAUUCUUUUUGGUGAAUAAUUAAAAGUAUUUUAUAAAUUGACCUUUGAAAUUAAUAAAUAAAUAUAGUGAAAUAAACGCAGUGUACGAUGUCUGCAUAAGAGUUUAAACAAUGUCGUCUACUUUUUUCCAACUGGCUAAACAAAUAUUUAAACACUUAAAAGUCACGAUCCUCCUCAAUCAACUUACUUUGUAAGUAAUCUGCAAAGCUUUGAGCAUCAGACUUCACCUAAAGUACCUAAAAUGAAAUCAGGAUCAUUUACAUGAUGUUACUGGCUUUAAUUACUGAUUCAUUAAUGUGUGUAUUAGCCUUUUGUUGCAGCUGCAGCUGAUUUGAAUUUGUUAUAUACUGUUAGCUGACUGUAUCUAUAUUCAAACAGUACAUAUUUUUAAAUUUGUAUUUUUUAAAAUGUAAAACAACACUCAGGACUCUCCUCUGGCAUCAAGUAAAAUGUCAGAUUUUAAAUUCUAGUGUAAUGAGUAUUGCACUCUGCUGUUUGCAGUAAAAAGGGUUUGAAUGAUGAGCCAAUAAUAUCUACCUGAGCUUCCCAAAACAAGAUAUCAAACAAGGUUUAGAAAUUAAACAUAACUCUACUUUU